CAAAACUGUCCAAAAAUCUUGCAUCGCCUUGCAAUGCCAACCUCAACCUACCUAUCUCCUUCCUUCCUCCCCCUCCACCCCUCCUCCGCCGCAUGCUGCGGCGGCGGCCUCCUCCUCCGCUCCGGCAACCGCCGCCGCCGACGACCACGCCACAUGUCAGUUUAUGCAACCAGGUCAGCUCCUGCUCGUCCGGGCUCAAGCCAGGCUGGGCUCCAGCGAUGAUGGCGACGGCCGCGGCCGAGGAGGCGGCGACGACGAGCUCCUCGUGCGGCCGCGACGACACGCGUAAGCAGCUCAUGCCGCGGGUAACACCGCUACUAGUUAAUGUUGCUGCAUUGCUUCUCCUCCUCCUCCUCCGCACGCUACUGCUCGCGUGUAUAAUAGUAGCCCGCCGGGCGGCCGCGCUGACACGCCUCGUGUGCCGCGUCGCGGUGGUUGCUCCGGCGAGAAGCCUGCUCGCCGCCGCCGGGUUCGCCUUCGCCGCCGUGAACGCGCCGUGCCUGUGGUGCCUGGACCGGCGGGCGCGCGGCCGGAGCUGCACCGGGACGCUCCUCGGUGACCUGGUGGUGGCGGCCAUGGCGAGCUCGUGGAGGCUGCUGGUGCAGGGGCUCACGUCGCUGGUGUUCCUGUGCGCUCACGCCGAUGAGUACGUCCGGCCGCCGCCGAGCCCGCUCGUGCUGACGGCGCACGGCAAGCCGGCGUCGCAUCCUCAGCAGGUGCACAUUUCGAUCGUUGGGGAGAAGAACAUGAGGAUUUCUUGGGUGACCGACGACCGGACCCGACCAUCCGUGGUGGAGUACGGGACGUCGCCGGGGAAGUACACGGCGUCGGCGACGGGCGACCACACCACGUACAGCUACUUCCUGUACAAGUCCGGCGCGAUCCACCACGCCACCAUCGGCCCGCUGGAGCCGAGCACGACGUACUACUACCAGUGCGGGAAGGCCGGCGACGAGUUCACCCUCAGGACGCCGCCGGCGAGGCUCCCGGUGGAGUUCGUGGUCAUCGGCGACCUGGGGCAGACGGGGUGGACGGCGUCGACGCUGUCGCACAUCGCCGGCGGCGGCGACUACGACAUGCUGCUGCUCCCGGGCGACCUGUCGUACGCCGACACGCAGCAGCCGCUGUGGGACACGUUCGGGCGGCUGGUGCAGCCGCUGGCGAGCGCGCGGCCGUGGAUGGUGACGGAGGGGAACCACGAGAUCGAGACGCUGCCGGUGGUGGAGUUCGCGCCGUUCGUGGCGUACAACGCGCGGUGGCGGAUGCCGCACGAGGAGAGCGGCUCGGCGUCCAACCUCUACUACUCGUUCGACGCGGCGGGCGGCGCGGCGCACGUCGUGAUGCUGGGCUCGUACGCAGACUUCGGCGAGGGGUCGCCGCAGCGGGCGUGGCUGGAGCGGGACCUCGCCGGCGUGGACCGGCGGAGGACGCCGUGGCUGCUGGCGCUGCUGCACGCGCCGUGGUACAACACCAACCAGGCGCACCAGGGGGAGGGUGAGCGGAUGCGCCGCGCCAUGGAGAGCCUCCUCUACGAGGCCCGCGUCGACGUCGUCUUCUCCGGCCACGUCCACGCCUACGAGCGCUUCACGAGGAUCUACGACAACGAGGCUGACAGCCGGGGCCCAAUGUACAUCACCAUUGGCGAUGGAGGGAACAGAGAAGGCCUUGCUCUCAAGUUCAUCAAGGGGCACAAGUCGGCGCACCUGUCGGAGUUCAGGGAGGCGAGCUUCGGGCACGGGCGGCUGAGGAUUGUGAACGAGACGACCGCCGUCUGGACGUGGCACCGCAACGACGACCAGUUCGCCACCGUCCGCGACGAGGUCUGGCUGCACAGCUUGGCUGCCGGCGAGCCGGCCGCCGCCGCCGGCGGUCGGCCGGUCGACGAGCUGUAGCUAGCCAACUUAGCACGAUCCACAGAAAUCAUGGACAGGACAGCGUCGUGAACAAAUGGAAGAGACGAACUAAAACCUCACCACCUUCAGACAUUGUCUUUUACAUCAAAAUCAUAGUGUUUGUGUUUUCAGUUGUUUUCUACUUUUCUGGUAAUGUCAGAAAUCAUCCUCAUCAGUCGCUAGGGAAAUAAAUCGUACACCGCUUUGUACAUGGCCACACUGAUAGUUUUACUUCAGUGCUCUUCUGUGCUAAAUGUUUGAAUAGAUAGAUUAAUUUGUGUUGGUUAUUCGAA